GUUUACGGUGAAAUCAUUUCAAAAUGUGGCGUGGAGUGGUGAUCAUCUAUUUAGUGGCUUUCGUAGCCAUCGAUGGUUUGCCAAACCAUGAAAUCGACAACGCUCGCUACGACAGCUCGUUCCAAGCGAACGGGAGACGACAUCAGAAGGCCAGUGCUUAUGAUGAAGAGAGUACCAGCAGUCUGGAUGUAGACCAAGGCAGGGUGGUACAUACCCAGGCUGGGUCUCAACGGGAGAGGAACAGCGAGGGGGAGAGCGCUUUUGAUGUGAAUCAGAAUAUUAAAGAAGAAAUUUCCAACGACGGUGGAGUGCUAAAGCAUACCAAAUCUAUCUCGGAGUCUCAUGAUGAGAGCCAGAGCUCUCAGGACUCAAGCAGACAGGCCAGUUACUUUGCCCAGGCUACCAGCAACGUUGGGGAUGGUCAUCAAGGUCCCAUAAACCACGGACACGUACACUACAACCCAAGCAUUCCUGCCCAACCUGUAGCACCAAUAGUCCACCCGUUACCCAUCAGACAUUCCGGCCUUACCCAUCUCCCCAACCACCACCAUCACGACGGUAAUCUACGAAACGGAAACGAAUUCUACCAUGACAACCAUGCCCAUUAUGGACAUUCCAGUGAUGCGAAUGGAAACUUCGGUCAUAAUGGAUGGUACGGUAACGGCUACGUGAGUCAUAAUCCUAAUGGAUGGUUCAGACGGUACAUUCCCCAAUCUGGAGUCCAUCCUCACCGUCACUUUGGAUAUCAACCCGUUCCUGGAUACCAGGGUAUAGGCAACGACCAUUUUAAUAGAUUCCAUAACUAUGAAAUUGGAAACCCUAGUUUGGAUGCUAGAAAUCAAGUAAAGUAUGUUCCAGCUAACGGUCAUUAUGGAGGCAGUUCUGGUCAUUCAAAACCUGGUUUAGAUGAAGUACUUAACGCUUUAGGUUAUAACCAUAAAAAGGAUAAACAUAAUGUUCCUGAUAAAAUCAACCACGGCAUGGCUCCUGAUCCAAAUGAUAAUCAAAAUGACGGAACCAAAGUAAACUUUGUUAAUGGUAACGACGAAACUAAUACUGCUAAAGAUGUACCCGUAGCUGGAAACAUUCCCGAACUUGGAACUCCAGAGCACCCAGUAGGUGAUAUUGACCACGUUUUAAGUGCUAUAGAUUACGCACGAGGUCCGAAAAAGCCAGUGAAUUAUGAAACUGAGACUAUACAAUACGUACCAGCUAUAGUGCCAACGGAGUAUAUUAAUAGGCCAGUAAACUACGAUGGUAUUGGUAUAGAAGUGCCCGAUUCUGGAAUAUUAAUUCCAGAGGAUUCGGAAGAAUAUAUUCCAAAUGUGUAUGGAAUUUCACCUGUACGUUACAUUCCGGUCGCUGAAAAUAUACCUGAAUAUGUGAUUCCUAAGCAAAGAAUACGGUACUAUGAAAACGCUGUCCCAUACGUCGGUUCUCCAGUUGUCAUCCCUGAAGAAACAGCUUUUACAAAUGAAAGAUUUGUACCAGAACCUACUGGGUUUAAUGGAUAUGUCAAACCUUAUAAAGGUGAAUUCCAUCCAGAACCUACUUUCGUACCAGAGGUUUCAUACAGUCCAACAUUUGAUAUUAACUCUAACAAAAAGAAGCCUGACGUCAUUGAAAAUACUGUGAUUGAAAAAGAUGGCCGGUCUAUUAACGAUGACGACAUUAUCAUUGAUAGAACAUUUAUUACCAAGGAAAGCACUGAAAACUCACAAGAAACUAACAAAAGAUCUAAACAGAGCACUACCACAAUUAUAAAUAGAACUGGAAAGAAGAACGUGGAUGUCACACCUUUAGACGAUGAUGAUAAUGAUAGUUCUGAUGAUGUUCUUGUUAAGAAACCUGUUCCCAUUACUAAACCUGUUGAAGAUAAUAAAAAUCAUGACAAAGAACCUAAAACUCCAAUAUCCAUAGAUAAAGUAACUAACAAAAUCAAGAAACCACCAGUACCGAUUCAGAAAAACAUUUAUCCACCAAGAAAUGUAAUUCACAAGAAAAUAGAUGCAGCUCCAACGGCAAUUGACAAAUUUUCGGAUGCGCCUGAAAAACCUGGUACUGACAAAACUGUUGAAAAAUCAGAAAAUGAUGUUAUAAAUCAAAAUAGUGACUUACCAUACGCUGUUGAAACGAAACCUGUAGUUGAUGGUACAAAACCGAAAACCACUGAUGAUACGGAUAAUCCCACUGAUUUGGUAAAACCCACACCAGUAGUCAAAGGAAUUCCUGAAAAGAAGAAAACUCAUAUCAUCAGAACUCCUUCAGGAGUAAUUCUUCAUGCUCAUGACAUACCCAUAGAUGAAGACGUAACUCCAAAACCCGCUGUAAAAGAUGGCAACAAAGACAAGAUAGUUAAAAGAAAACCAAUUACAAAGCCAUACAUCUAUACACCGAAAAAAGAUAAAGAUGUAGACCAAAAUGUUCAUGGAUAUAAUCCCGCUCAAGAAGAAAGAGACGCAACUACAGCUAAAGUUGAGAAUGUAAAUCCAACUACUCAAAAACCCAUUCCACAAAUCGGCAAACCUAUUCCAAGAAUUCCUAGAAUUCCUAAAGUACCAGGUGAGUACAUUGAUAAAACCAGACAACCGAAAAAACUUGAUGAUAUAAAACCUGUAGAAGAUAUAAACCAAAAACCUUUACCUAAAGAACCAGUUACUACUAUUGCUCCUAAGACUACGACUAAAAAGGAAGAUGAUACACCUACCAUAAAACCAACGCUCAAAACGAUUAAAAACUCUGAAUCGCAAAACGACAGCCAAGAUAACGAUGAAGAUGAUGAAUAUUACAAAAUAAUAAAAUCAUAUACCGAAGAAGAAGAAGAAGAAAGUAGUAGUAGUCAAAAUAGUAGAACUGAGACUAGAACCAAAAGGAUUUUGAGACACAAGAACCGUAAACCUGGUGAUUUAAGUGACGAUAAUGAGACAGUUGAAAAUAACGGUAAUGAUAAUGACAGAUCAGUUAUCCGUGAACAAACUACAAAAAAACCGCGCAAGAAAUUUACUUUCAAAGUUGUUGGAGAAAGCAAUGAUGAAUCUGAGGAUAGUGAUGAUGAAGAAGAUUAUUUAGAAAAUAAUAAAAACGCUCCAUCUACUGAAACCCCAAACAAGAAUCAACCGAUAAAGCCUGUUAUUGAAAACAAGAAAAAUAAUCAAAAACCAAACGCAUUAGAUAACAGUACCGAUAAAAACAUUGACAAGAGUACCGUUACAACUGAGAAGACCAUUGGACUGACUACUACCACAAAGAAACCAGAUGUUACAGAGAAACCGUCAGUUAAAAACGUUGAUAAAGUACAAGAUAAAAAGCCUAUCAAAGGUAUCAAUACUCCCAAUGAAAAGAAAAGUGAAGACACAACUCCUAAACCUGACUCUAAAGAAAUAAAACACGAUAAUAAACCCUCUAUUAUUAGAAAGAAACCGAAUAAAGAUGUAAAACCGAAAAAAGAUGUAGAUUCAGAUGACGAUGAAGAAUUCGUGUCUAUAACUACAGAAGAUUCUGAAGAUUCAAUAUUAAAUAACAAACAACAUAGAACUACAACUGAAACUGAAGAAAUUAUAAGGAAUGGUCAGAAAAAACCAGUAAAGGAACCAAAAACAUCCAUACCAGAAUCUAACGAAAUUAGUGAUGAGGAAACACCAGAUAGUAAAACUGCUGAGAAACCAAGCUCUAACAACAAAGACGGUAGUAACAAACCAGUUACUGAAAAAUCCGCCAACGGAAACAAACCAAACUCAGGAAACAAAGACGAAUUACCAGAAAACAAAACUCCCAUCAGUGACAAAAAGCCAGAUACUAAAAACCCACAAAACGACAAACAACCAAAUGAACCAAGCACUGGUAAUACUGAUAAACCAAUUACCACAACUGACAGAACUGAAACGAACGACAAAUACCCUAAAAAUGGACCAGGAACUGAAAAGAAGCCUGAACCUAAAUCGGACACAACAGAAACACCAACAACUGAAAUUAAUAAAUACAAAAAACCUAGCACUAAUUCUCCCGACUCUGAACAAACACCAAAUAUUGAAAAGGACAACAAACCUAACACAUCAACGAAAAAGCCAGAACCAGUUAAUACUGGCAGCAAAAAACCAACUAAAAAAGAAGAAAAACCUACUGGAAAAGUGCCUAUACCAAUUAUCAAAGGAGAUAAUAAACCAAUUCGAAAACUACCUGUUAUAAUCAAGGGAGAUAAACCAAUUAGAAAAGUGCCUGUCAGACCAGAUUUAAUCAAGCCACCAGUAAGUCGUCCAUUAGAUGAUGAACCAAGUUUUGAAGAAUGUGAUAGCAUGGAAGAUUGGGAAGACGAGGAAAACGAUAAAAGUAAUGAAAAAGAAAGCACUACUGAUAAAACGAAGAAACCAGUUACUGAAAAUGAGGACAAUGAAAAAGCACCAGAUUCCAAAAAGGUGACUCCAAAACCAAACAGUAGUACUACAACUGAAAAGAUUGAUGUAACCAGGAAAACACCAACGGAAUCUAGUAAAGUACCAAACACCACAGUAACACCUAAAGAUAAACAACCAGACACUACAGAUAAACCGAAAGAUCAAAAACCAGAAACUAGUGAUUCUGAUAAAGACAAGAAACCGCGCACUGACAAUGAUAAAAAUCCAAAAGUAAAUGAUAAUAAAGACAAUAAACCAAAGACCACAACUGAAAAACAAACAAAUAGUCCAGCUGUAACAGAUACUACACCAGCUACGGUAACUACAGAAAAAUCUGCGAAUACCGAAAAACCUAAACGCUUCAGAGAUUGUGAUUACUUCGGUGAUGUUGAUUGUGAAGAUUAUGAUGACGACGAUGAUAAUAAGGACAGUAAAACUAAAGCAAAUACUACUGAGUAUCCUGAAAAAGAUGUUGACAUUGAGAUUGAAGAAGAUGUAAUAAUUGAAGACGAUGGUGUAGACUCAUCUGAAAAUAAUGAUGACACUGAGGAAUCGGACGAAACUGUCAGUGAUGAAGAUGUUAGCACUGAAGACUUAGAUGAAGAUAUACAAGAAGACAGCAAAAAACCAAAUCAAGAAGAAAAACCAGAUGCUAAAAAUACUACCAAAAAUAAACCUGAUGACAAAUCUACUGCAACUACUGUUAAGCCAGACACUGUAACUACUGAAAUGAAUAAAAAACCCAAUGAAAAUUCUUCUGAAAAUAAAGAUAAGCCCGAUAAAAACCAGAAACCUAUAAAAAACACUAAGCAACCCAUUGGCAGUAACGAUAAACCAUCUGAUAACGGCAAGAAACCAAUUGAAGAUAAACCUAAUGAAAAUGGUGAAAAACCAACAAACAAUACUGAUCAAACAAUUGAAAAUAAGAAGCCUACUAAGGAUGACAAGAAACCAUCUGAAAAUAAAGAUAAACCAAAUGACAGCAAUAAAACACCAUCUGACAAUACGAAGAAACCAAAUGGAAAUGAGAAACCUUCUGAAGAUGAUAAGAAACCAUCGGAAAAUAAUGGCAAUUCAAAUGACAGUACUACUAAACCAACUGGUAAUAAAAGUUCAGAAAAGAAACCGGGUGAAGGCAACCAGAAACCGUCUGAAAAUAAUAACAAACCUACUGACGAUAGUGACAAACCAAAUGUUAAUAUCACUGAAAAACCAUCUGCACAAAUACCAGAUGAUGAGAGUGUUGAAGAACAAAACGCACCAGAUGAUGGCAUUGAUUCUGAAGAUAUUGUAGAAAUCGAAGAAUUGUUUGAAGAUGAUGAAUUCGAAGCUGACUCUGAAAGUGUAGAAACAACUACUGAAAAGAAACCAGUCAAUGAUGAGCACACUGACAAACCGAAACCUAAAAUCGACGAUUGUGACUAUUUCGGUGAUGUAGACUGUGAAGAUUAUAAUGACGACGACAGUGAAAAUUUGACUUAUAAAAAAACUGAACAAGACGAUAUAACCAAACCAAAUGACACUAAGAAGAAACCUGAACCCAACAACAGUGACAACAAUGCCAAUAAACCAGUCAUUCAGCAACCAGGAUCGAAGAAACCUGGCGACAAUAAAAAGCCAGAUGCUAGUGAUGAUGGAAAAGAUGAUAUUGAACUAAAUGAAAAACCAAGCAUACAGCCAGAUGAUGGUUCUGAUGAUAAUAUACCAGAUGCCAAAAAGCCAAAGGACAAUAAUGAUGCUGAAAAACCGAAGUCUGAUAAGAAACCAGACCCAAAAGUUGUUGAUAAUAAAGAUACUACUGAAAAAUCAAAAACAGAUACUGAUAAGACUAAUGACAAAACUACAGGCGUUAAAACACCAACAAAAAACAAAGAACCUGACACCAGAAAUGUCAACAAGAAGCCAAAAACGGAUACUGAUGAAAGUAACGAUGAAAAACCAGAAGCCAAAGAUGCAAAAGGUUCUGACCAACCAGAUGCCAAACCAAAUACAGAUAUUGACAAAAAUCCAAAAUCCAAAAGCAUCGAUCAAUAUGGAAAGGACACCACUGAAAAGCCAGAAAAGGCGACUGACAAGCAACCAGCUAGUGAAAAUACUGACCAGAAACCAGAUACAAAAACUAUUGAUAAGGAUGGAAAUAAAGGCAAGACGCCAAACACAGAAGAUUCUGGUAGAGACAAAAAGCCAGAGAAUAAAGAGAAGACACCAGUGGAACAGAAUCCUGAUGAAGAUAUUGAUGUUGCAAAAAAACCAGAAACGAAAACCACUGAUGAUAAUAAGAACAAUGAACCCGAACCUGAAAAAAAUGAUAAAACGCCAAAUUCUCAAACAUCAAACAAUCAAAACAGUAACAAAAUACCUGACACUCAGCCCAAAAACGGUGAUAAAAAGCCGGUUUCUGAUAAUACACCAAAAGAUAAACCUAUCGAAGCAAAUACUGACAAAAAACCUGACAGUGAGAAUACUCAUAAAAAUCCAGACAGUAAUGACACUGACAACAAAACUCCCGACACUAAACCUAAGACUAAUGAGAAAACACCAGAUUCUAAACCUACUGACAAUGACAGGAAACCAGACAAAGAUAAUAAAGAUACUAACAAAAAGCCAAUUGAUAAACCUACUAACAAUAACGAAAAACUCGAUUCUAAAGACACUGUUAAACCAGACAACAAACCAACUGAAACUGACAAAAACCCAGCGACUAAAAACCCAGAAUCUAAAACCACUGACCAAAAUACUGACAAAAAACCAUCAGACAAACCUACUACUAACAAUGACAAACCAGCCACUAAAACUACAACUCCUGACCAACCCAAAGACACGAAGACCCCUGACAAUGAUAAGGAUAAAAAACCUAAAGACGCUAAGACAAUUGAUGAUGAAAAACCAUCUACUGAUAGUGAUAAACCCAUAAUUGGUGACAAAGACAAUGCCGACAAAGUUAAAGCUGGAAAAGACAAAGAUACUAAAGAUCAAACUCAAGACACAGACCUAACAAUCCAACGCAAAGUAGUUAACAGCAUGGAUGAAGUUUUAAAAUACAAGAACCAUGAAGGCUUCACAUUCAAAGCUUGCGAUGAAGUUGAGAACAGCGAUGAAUCUUCAUCUAAAAAUAAAAAUAAACAAAUAAAACUAACUAAAUUCAUAAGAACUAAAAAGCAUGUGACUAAAAAACCUAAUGCUGAUGACAAAGACGUUACCGAAAGACCAGAAACAGACAAAAGACCGACUAAAAGACCUAUAUAUAGAAGUAAGUUAGCAAAAAUAAUUAUAAGAAUACUUACAAAAUCAAAAAAAGGUAAAACACCAAUCAAUAAUGACAAUAAUGUUACAGGGAAUGGCCCGAAAGACACCAAACUUAGUCCAAAUUCUGAUAAAACCCAACAAAUAUGGCUCACAGAAGGAAACAGAAUAAUAUUAAGAAGAAGCGUUGAAGAUAUACAAGAAAAAGAAUUAAGAUGUUUCGAGGAACUCUUCCGUUCUGAUGGAACUGUACCUUUAGAUGAAGAAGUAAUAGCUAACACUGAUGAUUCUGAUGUUAUAGAAGAAGAAAGUGAUGAUGAAGAUUCUGUAGAUAGAGCGCCUUUAGAAGACAUUCCUGAUAAUGAUGAUUCAGACGGCAUCGUACCGUUGGAAGAAGAUUUAACUAACAAUGAAUCUUCGAACAAUGAUGAAGGAAGCGAUGAUAGUGAAUCUAAUUCAGAAGGUAAUGAAGAAGAGUCUUCUGAUGCUGAACUAACAGAAGCUUCUGGUCUAACUCCUGUUCAACAGAGGAUUGCGAGUAGAAGAAUAAUGCGGUUUAGAAAAUCCUAAGCGUAAAUCGUAAAUAUUUGUAUCAUAAUUUUUUUAAGGCUUACUGUUUGCAACUGUUAUAACGCUGUAACUCGACUAUCGUAUCUAGGUAUUGUUUUACUUGCUCGGCAUUUUUCGUAGAUGUUAAUGCAAGUGCGACUCAGGCAAGGGGUCUCGGGUUCGAUUCCCGGGUCGUGCAAAGUAUUAUUGAGUUUUUUUAAAUCUCUGUAGUAGCAC